AUGCCAGAAUGUAGAGACGAAAUGGAAACUCGAUACAAUAAACGGUUAAUUGACUUGUUUACAGAAUAUGCAAAUUCUAUUGGGUUUAUGUUGUUUGGACAUUUACAUACUGAUACUUUUAGAAUUUUGAAGGAUUCAAAUGGGAAACCAGUACAACGAAUGUUUUUAAAUCCAGCUAUAACACCUUUGUUUAAUUUAAAUAAUCCAGCUUUUCGUGUUUUUGACUAUGACAGGAAUAAUUUUAAUAUUAAAGAUAUUAGGUAG